CCCCCUUUUGCAUACGGACCAGCCCUAGCAACAGAGUUUUGUGCCACUGUUCAACAGUGAAUGAUGUCAUGGACACCGCCUGGUCUUUAUCAGUUCUGCCGGAUAAAUAGCCAACCGCACUGGGUCUGGAGAGACAGAAAGGUGCUGUGCAGCAGAUACCUUGGGGUCUCAAAGAAGCAGUGGCCAUCAGCAUGGGUGCAGGCCCCGACGGGUCCUACUUCCCCGGCAAUCACUGGCUCGCCUUCUCCGUGUACCUCCUCACCUUCCUGGUGGGGCUCCCCCUCAACCUGCUGUCCCUGGUGGUCUUCGUGGGCAAGCUGCGGCGCCGCCCGGUGGCCGUGGACAUGCUCCUGCUCAACCUGACCGCCUCGGACCUGCUCCUGCUGCUGUUCCUGCCCUUCCGCAUGGUGGAGGCGGCCAGUGGCAUGCACUGGCCCCUGCCCUUCAUCCUCUGCCCGCUCUCAGGAUUCAUCUUCUUCACCACCGUCUAUCUCACCGCCCUCUCCCUGGCAGCCGUGAGCAUUGAGCGCUUCCUGAGCGUGGCCUACCCACUGUGGUACAAGACCCGGCCGAGGCUGGGACAGGCGGGUGUGGUGAGUGUGGCCUGCUGGCUGCUGGCCUCUGCUCACUGCAGCAUAGUCUAUGUCAUGGAAUUCUCGGGGGACACCUCUCACACCAGGGGCACCAAUGGGACCUGCUACCUGGAGUUCCGGGAAGACCAGCUGGCCAUUCUGCUGCCCGUGAGGUUGGAGAUGGUCGUGGUCUUAUUUGUGGUCCCCCUGCUCAUCACCAGCUACUGCUACAGCCGCCUGGUGUGGAUCCUCGGCAGGGCAGGCAGCCGCCGACGGCAGAGGAGGGUGGCGGGGCUGGUGGCAGCCACGCUGCUCAACUUCCUCGUCUGCUUUGGGCCUUUACACAUGUCCCAUGUCAUGGGCUUUGUCCAGGGUGAAAGCCCGGCAUGGAGGAUCUACGUGAUGCUUCUCAGCACCCUGAACUCCUGUGUCGACCCCUUUGUCUACUACUUCUCCUCGUCCGCGUUCCAAGCUGACUUUCAUGAGCUGCUGAGGAGGCUGCGUGGGCUCUGUGGUCCAAGGUGGCAGGAAGGCAGUGUGGAGCUGAAGGAGCAGGAGGGAGGGGAGGGGCACAAGGAGGACCUCACAGAAGAAAGGAGGAGUAGUGGACUGUAGUGGGGCUGUGCAAAGGAUGACCAGGUGGCCUGUGCUGAAAGCUAGGUCCUCUGGGGCAGGUGGGAGCAGCUGGCAUGUCAUCCUCAGGGUACUUCCUCACCCACACCAGGCGGGACUUGGAGUGGCGAACUGGGAAUCAAUGGGGCUUGAGGGUAGAGCAGGCACCCAGCCUUCCUAAGGGUGUGCGCCCUAAAGCUGAGCUCUUGCUCUCACCUCCAUCCCCAUCCACCCACACUCUAUGGAUUGGGCUCUGGGAAGGGGUCAGGGUGAGCGGCUGCUCGGGAGAACAUUGAGGUCCUCAUAGCAGCAGGCGACUCCUGUGCUUUUCUGACGGGGGCACAGGAGCUAAGAGCAGUGCCCGGA